UAUGCAAUAUUUUUCAAUUAUUUGCAAGACACCAGAACAAUUAUCGUUCGUAAGAUCAUUCACCGAUAACCCUAUUAUCGUUGUUUUAAAACUAACGCACAUUCUUGGCGAAUCAAUUGACAUUCUGAUAACUGCUGAAGAAUUAUCACAAUUUAAAGAUGCCUUAUCUUUACAAAAUAUUGAUUACACUAUAAUCAUCGAGGAUGUUGAACAUGCUGUUCAACAAGAAGCCUUACAGAAUAGAGUCGCUCGCUUGAAAUCAUCUCGUACUUGGUCCAACAAACAGUCACUCGAGCCUUUCAAUUAUUACGCUCAAUAUAUAACAUUGUUAGCAAAAAAUUACAGUAAAAUCGUAACUCUUCAAAAAAUAGGUAGUUCGUAUGAAAAUCGAACAAUUUAUGUUGUAAAAAUAUCUUCUGGUGGAAAAAAUAAGCCACAAAUUCUUAUUGAUGCGGGAAUUCAUGCUCGAGAAUGGAUAGCACCAUCAACAGCUUUGUAUUUGGUACAUCAACUAGUUACCAAUCAAAGCAAUGCUUACCUCUAUAAAAAUGUUGACUGGCUAAUUAUACCAAGUUUAAAUCCUGAUGGUUAUGAGUAUACUCAUUCG